GGUAAUUGAAACCAACCCUAAGCUCAUUUUAUCUCCGCUCUAAAGGUAAUCCCAAUUAUUGCUGACUUAAGCAUCGGAGUGUCUACCCCGAGGACCCACCUCGGGGCUUUGCAGAUCAAUCUUAAGUGAAGACACAGAUUGAAGAAGGAUCUCUGGUUUGGUGCAAUUACAUUGGCGCCGUCUGUGGGAAUCCCAACUGAAAGUUCCCUUGUUGCUCUUAUCAUGGUCCCCAGUAACCUCCUACCUCAGCUCCCACCUCCAAUCCCAAAUGUGUUCCCUCUUGUUGAUCAUGCAGAAGGAGGAGAUGAAAACCAACCUCAUAACUCAGCUCACAACUCAACUUCCACCGCCAACCAAGACGUAGUUGCAGCUCAGCUUGCUGCCAUGAACAACAGUUUGAAUCCUCAACCAGUUCAGCAUGCUUCUGCUCUUAGUGAAUCUCAAGGUCAAUCUCAUAUAGCACCAGCUCAGCAACCCCUCCCUAAUGAUGUCACCCGACGUUUAGACAGCUUAGAAAAGCUUGUGGCUGAACAGCGAGAGAUGGCAUCUGCCUUUGCCACUAAGUUUUCCAGUAGAAGGUUGAUCAGGAAAACUACUUCUGAGUUGAUGCGAGUUAAACGAAGGGAUGGAGAAUCUUUGAAGAACUAUAUGAGCAGAUUCAAUGAUGUAGUAUUGGAGGUUAGUUCCUUCGACCAGGUUGUGGGGAUUGCAGUUAUGAUCUCAGGUCUUAAACAUGAUAGAUUCCAAGACAGUUUGUUCAAACACCCUGCCACUACCUUUAGUGAGGUGAAUGAUAGGUCCCUGAAAUUUAUAACUGCUGAGGAAUAUGCCCUGGCGCAGAACUCAACUCCCCCUAAGAACCAAAACCCAAACUGGAGAGAUGAGAAUCCGAGCAGGAAAAGGAUGAGGAUGGCACAGAACCGAGGUCCGAUGUCGACCUCUACACCGAGAUUCAGAAGGCCGAACUCAGCACCCCCACAACAGUCUACAGGUAAACCCCCAGUUACUUGGACUCCUUUUAAUUUGCCGAGGUCACAGAUUUUCAUGCAGAUUAAGAACAAGAUGGAUUUAAGGCGUCCUGGCCCAAUGAUAACUACUAUUGCUAGCCGAGAUCAUAAUAGAUAUUGUGAUUUUCAUCAAGACCACGGUCAUACAACAGAGCAAUGCAACAGUCUGCGGUCCGAGUUGGAAAGUCUGGCUCAGAAGGGAAUGUUGAAUGAGUACAUCCAAAGAGCUGAACAGCCAAGGUUUGUUAGAGAACAGAGGCCACAGCCUCAAGGAGUCCGCAAUCCACCAAACAGGCAAGGUGUGGGAUAUCAGCAAGCCUCACCUCCACUCCCACCACCAGCUAGAAUCAUACACAUGAUUAUCGGAGGCCUGGAAGUAGUACAACGUGUCCUUGUUGACACCGGGAGUGCACCAGAUAUCAUGUACUUCCACUGUUUUGAGAGUCUUGGAUUGGAUCCAGCAUUAUUGCAGAGAUAUGAUGGUCCCAUUUAUGGUUUCAACAACCAACCUGUUCAGGUAGAAGGAGUUCUUACCCUCCAUGUUGCUUUUGGGAGUAGCUGCACCUAUGUGACUCCUUUAGUCUGGUUCCUAGUAGUCAAGAUGGCGUCCUCUUUUAAUGUUGUCAUUGGCCGACCCACGCUGACUGAAAUUCGAGUUGUGGUUUGCCAGUCUCACCUAUGCAUGAAAUUCCCAACUCCUAUGGGAAUAACAACACUGCAGAGUAACCAGGAGGUGGCCAGACAUUGCUAUAUCACCUCGGUCACACAACCUAAGAAAGGCAAAGAUCACACACCCGAGGCCAUCCCCCAACGGAUUCCCGAUCAUCAGCAAGUCAUGGGUGUUGAAAUAGUAGAUAACCGACCAGAAGAUGAGACCAGAGCUGCUCCAGUCGAAGAUGUUGAAGAAGUGGCUAACCCAGUCCUGGUGAAGAAGGCAAAUGGUAAAUGGAGAAUGUGCAUCGAUUACACAAAUCUUAACCAAGCUUGCCCCAAGGAUUGCUAUCCGAUGCCGAGCAUUGACAAAUUGGUCGAAGCAGCAUCGGUCAAUGAGAGAUUAAGUCUCUUGGAUGCAUAUUCCAGGUAUCACCAGAAAAUGGUGACCAUCGUCUUCCGAGCUCAGAUUGGUAGGAAUCUGGAGGUUUAUGUCGAUGAUAUUGUGGUAAAGAGUCUGAAAGCAGAAGAUCAUCUAGCUGACCUCGAUGAAACCUUCAACAAUCUCAAGAAGAACAGAAUGCAGUUAAACCCGACCAAAUGCAUCUUCGGCGUGGAGUCUGGCAAAUUUCUAGAGUGCACUCCAGGUCAUUCAACCCCUAAUCCAGAAUCCAACGAUUGGACCUUAUAUGUCGAUGGCGCAUCUAGUAGCAAGGGUUCAGGAGCUGGAGCUCUCUUGAUUGGCCCAGAUGGAUACCGAAGUGAACAUGCCCUGAAAUUUAACUUCGAUGCAACAAACAACAUGACUGAGUAUGAAGCUCUGCUACUUGGUCUACAGCUAGCAUUAGAGUUGAAAAUCAGCGCGAUCCAAGUAUACACCUUGGUGGCUGAGCUGAGGUGCAAAUUCCAGAAAUUCUAUUUGAGCAAAAUUCCCCGAACAGAGAAUGAACAGGCAAAUUCACUCUCUAAAUUUGCCUCGGAUAGAUUUUUAAGUUCCAGAUCAGUUUUUGUGGAGGUCUUAGAUGAACCAAGCUUCAUGAAGUCGCGGGAGGCAAUGAAAUUGAGGAAGAAAGCAUCUCGGUAUACAUUCAUUAAUGGGGUCCUCUAUAAGAGAUCUUUCUCAUUUCCUCUUCUACGAUGCUUAAAUCCCUACGAAGUUGAGUAUGCACUGAAGGAGGUACAUGAAGGUGUUUGUGGGAGUCACAUUGGUGCUAGAACUCUGGCCCACAAAGUUUUAUGGCAGGGAUAUUAUUGGUCAAACAUGUACAAGGAGGCUACCCACUUUGUUCAGAGAUGCCCGAAGUGUCAAUUCUUCGCACAUCUAACUCACCAACCAUCAGAAGAGCUCAUGAACUUGGUAGCACCAUGGCCAUUUGCCCAGUGGGGGCUGGAUCUCUUGGGUCUAUUCAUGAAAGGGGUCAAUGGUGUAACCUAUCUCAUCGUUGGUGUGGAUUAUUUCACUAAAUGGGUUGAGGCUCGGGCAUUAUCUAGUCUUACCUCCAAGAAGGUCGAAGACUUUGUUUUCAGCUCGAUUAUUUACAGAUAUGGGAUCCCGAUUCACCUCGGUUUACCAUCUGAGUCCAAUGGCAUGGUCGAAUCUGUUAACAAAUGCAUUUUAGAAGGUAUAAAGCCGAGAUUGGAAAAGCACAAGGCCAGAUGGGCAGACGAGCUCAACAACGUCCUCUGGGCAUACAGAACCACGAGCCGAACUGCCACAGGUGAAACACCCUAUCAUCUGGCCUUUGGUACCGAAGCAAUCAUUCCUAUCGAGAUAAGAGUCCCAAGCUUCAAGGUCACCCAUUUCGAUGAAGGACGAAAUGGACAACUACUUCGAGAGAACCUUGAUCUGCUUGAUGAAGUCAGAAAAGAAGCACGACUUCAAACUCUAGUCUACAAGCAGAAAAUAACAAACUUCUACAACAAACGAGUUCGACCCCAACUGUUCAAAGUAAGAGACCUUGUUCUCAGGAAAGCUGGUCUAACGGGGUUUGAAAUUCGAUUCGGAAAAUUAACAUCAAACUGGGAAGGCCUCUACGUUGUAGUCGAAGUGCCACACCCAGGUGCUUAUAUCCUACGGGACACCGAAGGCAAAAGGGUUCCUAGAGUCUGGAAUGUCAAUAACUUGAAGAAAUUUUACCCUUAAUACACCUCUUUCUAGUAAACUUUGUCUUAUUUU